GACCAGCUGACUGAUAUCAAGUAUCAGAGCUUAGGGUUUGGAAAAGUAUUCGCGAUUGGUUUUCCAGGGAGGACUGAUAAACAUGAUGCUAUGACAAUGGGAUCAUCUGUUUCUGGUUUUUCUAUACAUUGGAUGGAAGCAGUUAAUCCGGAUCAGAUGCUUGAUAAAUCCUAUCCCUCGGUUUGUCUCCAGAGAUAUCUUUGUUUUGAUGAUAUGCUGAUGAUUGCGGAGUCUUGGGAGAGAAACCGAACCAAGCCUUUAGAAGUUGGCUGCUGGCGCGCUCACAUGAAUGUUAUAGACUUCAUUGUGUCCCACAAAAUUGCGACCGCACUCAUCUUCGAAGAUGACGUUGAUUGGGAUGUGUCACUCAAAAGUCAGCUUAUUGAAUUUGCCCGUGGUGCUCGUGCUCUACAAAACACAAGCGAUGUCUCCAUAUCUCCCUAUGGCGACGACUGGGACAUGCUCUGGAUCGGACAUUGUGCGGUUAGUACUCGUCAUGACGAACGGCGGGUUUACAUGAUUCGGAACGACCCAACUGUCAGGCCAGAAAGUCACAGAGGUGACUUUUACGGCCCAAAGUCAGAAUUUUGGCCGGAUAUACCACCCUCUACACGUCUUGUGUUUGAAGCAGAUUAUGGUGUCUGCACGGCCGGUUAUGCAAUAACCUACAAUGCAGCCCAGAAAGUUUUGGCCGCACUCUCCAUGUCCCCCCUCAACGAACCAGUUGAUUUGGCAUAUGGGACCAUGUGCAAAAAUAAAAGUGGGUUUGACUUUCAUUUCAUUGCACCAUAUCCUCAGAUCGUCAGUACUUGGCGUCCGGCUGGCCCCAGCAGCAAGGAUUCCGAUAUAGGAUCUAUUGACAACAGCUGGCAUAAAGCUUGGUCAAGCGGCAUUGUUUACAGCACCAUGCUAAACAUCCGUCACCUGAUUUCAGGCGAGGAGAGUGCGGUGGCCCAAUGGGAUGAUAUAUCUCCACGUGAGAUGACUCCUAGUGGAGGUCAGAAUGUUACCCGGCACUUAAUUGUCUCAAAUGCCUUUCAAAUGGCGUAA